AUGCAACGAACAAAAAAUCGUUUGGAUGAAGAGCAAAAACGCAAAAAAGAUGAAGCACUGAAGAGAGCAUUCCUGGGCGGUGAUUCGUCUGCAGAAUCGAGUGCUUCUGACGUGAAACGUUCCAAAAAUGAGCAGUCAGAUAGCGAUCUUACCACACCACCCGAAGUGAUCUUCGAGCAGCGGUACGAAGUAUUGGAAGAUUUAUGCUUUGGCCGGAUCUCAUUCGGU